AUGUGUCCAGAUGUGGUGGACAACAGUAUAGACAAGUGUACUGCUAGCAGACACGGAUGCCUCCUAGACAUGUGGCGGACAGCAGUGGUGGUGUGUUUGUUGCUGGCUGUGUGUGUGGAGGGAGCCCAGAACUGGUUGCAGAAACGCUCCAGGCUGCAGGUGUGUGGCGAGCAACUCACACAGUCACUCAUGGUCAUUUGUGACAACAAGUACAACAAACGGAACCAGCUGACUAGUGAUCUGUACCCGGAGUCGAGCCCAUGGUGGAGCCGCAGCCGUGCAGUGUCUCUGAUGACUCGGGUCAGAAGAGGAGUCGUGGACGAAUGCUGCGACAAGCCUUGUUCUCUGAGAGAACUCAGCUCGUACUGCCUGGAUCCCGAUCGUAACCAACAUUGAGUUUGACCGUGUAACCUAAUAAUUUAAAUUUAAAUAGUAAAUGUUUGUUUUAUUAA